AUGGGGAGCGCAGAUGGGGGUAUAAGUGAAGCGCGGCCUCGCGGUUGGGGAAGUGGAGGCGGAGCGGGGAGGGUAGGCGCAGGGAGGGGAGGGGGAAGUGAGGAUGCUGGCGCGCGUGGCUUGGGUUUGGCGGAAACGAGGCAAGGGGUGGGAGAAGGGGGAGCAGGGGGCGGAGCAGGAGGGCGGCGGAGGGGAGAAGGGGCAGGAGGAGGGGUGGGGACGGGCGGGAGAGAGGGAAAAGGGGAGAGCGCGCGCAAGGAGCUCGAGACGGGGAGAGAGAAGGGGCGUGGAAGGGGGCGCGGGGGGGAGCGCGGAGGGGGGCGAGAGGGGGAGAGGGUGCGGGUGAACCCUGCAACGUCGGAGAGCAUUGGUGUGAGGCGGGGGAAGGAGAGGCAGACACCGAAGCAGAAGCGAGUGAGCCGACUGAAGCGGAUGGUGGUGCUGGCGAGGCAGGCACGGGGGGAGGGGGGGAUGGGGGAUGGGGAGACGCGGGAUGGGGAGAAGGGGGGUGGGGAGGGGGAGUGGGAGGGGGAGGGAACAGAAGAGGACUUGACGGAAGAGGAGGGGUUGGGGGAGGGAGAGGGGGAGGGGAAGGGAGAGGGGGAAGGGGAGGGAGAGGGGGAGGGGGAGGGGGAGGAGGAGGAGGAGGAAGAAGAGGAAGAAGAAGGGCCUGUGGCUCGUGGAGGGGAAGGGAGGAGUGGGGGUGGAGGGACGUAUGGCGAUGGUGGGGGGUAUGGAGGAGGCAUGGGAUGGGUGGAGCAUGAGAGGCGUUCAGGGGGUUGUGCUGCUGGCACAGUUGUUGGGGUGGGAGAGCCAAGAGUAGGGUCAGAGAGGGGAGAGGGGAGGGAGGGGUCAGCGAGGGAGGAGGCGAGGGGGGGUGAAGAGAGGGGAGAGGGUAGGGAGGGGUCAGAGAAGGGUGAGAUGGAGGGGAGGGGGGAGGAGAGAAGGCCGAGAGGAGAGAUGGAGGCGGAGUGCAGGGGAGAGGUGAGGGAGGAUGGUCAGGGAGUGGAGGGGAGAGUGGAGGAGAGGCAGGUGGAUGGAGAACGAUUUGGUAGGCGAAGGCGAGGGAGGAGAAAGGGAGGAGCGAAAGGGCGAGGGAGAGAGCAGGGAUGGGAGGUGAAGAUAGGGGAGGAGAAGGAAGAGGAGGUGAAGGGAGAGGAGGAGAAGGGAGAGGAGGAGAAGGGAGAGGAGGAGAAGGGAGGGAAAGAUAAGAAAGGGCAAGAAAGCAGCACGGGGAAAGGGCAAGCUCAGCCGACCACAUACAUUGGCGUGGACGCAUGCAGCAGGUACGCCCAGCAGGUGGUCACCCCCGAGCUCAACGCGCUCGUGGCUGAGCUGCUGGGGGAGCUGCUGCGAUUCCAAGUCAGGGCUUUUCAGAAGGACCCCAUUAAGGGAGCGAUGAGGCGGCGGGUGCUGGCAGGGCUGAAGGAGGUGGGGCAGGCGGUGCGCAGUGGGAGGACCAAGUGUGUGGUGCUGGCGCCUAACGUGGAGGAGGUGCCUGGGGCAGGUGAGGGAGGGAGGGGUGUGAUGAUAGGUGAGGAUGGAUGGGGGAGUGAUGACGGUGAAUGGUGCAUGGGUACUGCUGGGAGGGCCAAGUGUGUGGUGCUGGCGCCUAAUGUUGAGGAGGUCAUUUGGGCAGGUAAAGGGCGGGUGGGAGGAGCACCUCCCUCCGCCCUCUCACCUCCUUCCGCCCUCUCACCUCCUUCCGCCCUCUCACCUCCCUCCGCCCUCUCACCUCCCUCCGCCCUCUCACCUCCCUCCGCCCGCUCACCUCCUUCCGCCCUCUCACCUCCCUCCGCCCUCUCACCUCCUUCCGCCCUCUCACCUCCUUCCGCCCUCUCACCUCCCUCCGCCCUCUCACCUCCCCCGCCCUCUCACCUCCCCCGCCCUCUCACCUCCUCCCGCCCUCUCACCUCCCCCGCCCUCUCACCUCCUCCCGCCCUCUCACCUCCCCCGCCCUCUCACCUCCUCCCGCCCUCUCACCUCCCCCGCCCUCUCACCUCCUCCCGCCCUCUCACCUCCCCCGCCCUCUCACCUCCUCCCGCCCUCUCACCUCCCCCGCCCUCUCACCUCCUCCCGCCCUCUCACCUCCCUCCGCCCUCUCACCUCCCCCGCCCUCUCACCUCCCCCGCCCUCUCACCUCCUCCCGCCCUCUCACCUCCCCCGCCCUCUCACCUCCUCCCGCCCUCUCACCUCCCCCGCCCUCUCACCUCCUCCCGCCCUCUCACCUCCCCCGCCCUCUCACCUCCUCCCGCCCUCUCACCUCCCCCGCCCUCUCACCUCCUCCCGCCCUCUCACCUCCCUCCGCCCUCUCACCUCCCCCGCCCUCUCACCUCCCCCGCCCUCUCACCUCCUCCCGCCCUCUCACCUCCCCCGCCCUCUCACCUCCUCCCGCCCUCUCACCUCCCCCGCCCUCUCACCUCCCCCGCCCUCUCACCUCCUCCCGCCCUCUCACCUCCCUCCGCCCUCUCACAUCCCCCGCCCUCUCACCUCCCCCGCCCUCUCACCUCCUCCCGCCCUCUCACCUCCCCCGCCCUCUCACCUCCUCCCGCCCUCUCACCUCCCCCGCCCUCUCACCUCCUCCCGCCCUCUCACCUCCCUCCGCCCUCUCACCUCCCCCGCCCUCUCACCUCCCCCGCCCUCUCACCUCCUCCCGCCCUCUCACCUCCCCCGCCCUCUCACCUCCUCCCGCCCUCUCACCUCCCCCGCCCUCUCACCUCCUCCCGCCCUCUCACCUCCCCCGACACACACCAGGCGGUCUUGACGCGGCCCUCUCGUCCAUCCUAUCAGAUGCCGCCACGCGCUGCAUCCCCGUGGUUGUGGCUCUCUCCCGGCGCCGCCUCGCCAAGGCGAGUAAAGGCUGAGGUGGGGUGUUCAGGUGUCGAAUGUGGGGGGAGUGCUUGCGUGAGGGGAUUGCACAGCAGCAUUCCCGUGGUCGUGGCUCUAUCCUGGCGCCGCCCUGCCAAGGUGCUGAAUCGCCCGCGCUGUCGAGUGAGUGCCGUGGCCAUUCUGGACGACAAUGGCGCGCACAGGCUGCUCAAGAGCGUGCUGGCGGAGGCAGAGAGGGGGAGGGAGCUGUGGCGGGAGGGUAAAAAGGGACAGGAGGAGCAGGAAGUGCAGGAGGCAGUUGGUGCGUGA